AUGGUAGUCAAAAAGCCAUAUGGGGAAAUGACAGAGUAUCCCUCCCCAACCCAUUUCCACUGGAGAUUUAAAGCAUACCACUGGCCCAAUCCAAUGGAUAUAAAAAGUGGAGAAAAUCCGUACAAUCGGGUCAAUCCAAUGGAUAUUAAAAGUGGAAAAAAUCCGUACAAUCGGGUCGGAUUUUCAUGGAAUAAUUAUGGAGAUAUAUAUGAUUGCGUGGAUUUCUACAAACAGCCUGCAUUUGAUCAUCCUUUACUGAAGAACCACACUUUUCAUUUUCAGAUGAAGCCCACUUCAUUACCCAAUAGAUCAAGAGAUCAAGUUUCCUCAAAAGAUAGCAAACCUCUACAUAUAGGACUAAAGGGCGGAGAUUGCCCGGUUGGAACAGUUCCAAUUAGAAGAACUACUAAAGAAGAUCUCAUUAGAGAGAAACUUGCUUCAAAAAUAAUGACUCCUGCAGAUGACACCGGUGGUGCUGAUUAUGCCAUAGUUGAGACAAUAGUUGGUCCAAACAAAUACAGUGGAGCGUCAGCGGUGCUUAGUGUACACCAACCAGAUGUCGUGGGUAAACAAUAUAGUGCAGGGCGAAUGAUGAUUCAAAAUGGGCCUGAUAGCUUACAAGUCGGGUGGAGGGUGGACCCAUCUCUGUUUGGUGACGCACGUACUCGACUAUUCAUAUAUACGAAUGCAGGUCAAGCUCAUUGUUUCAAUACAAAUUGUCCUGGAUUUGUGAUUGUGAACACAGAUAUACCUCUUGGUUCAGUAAUUGGAAAGGUCUCCAUACGUGGAGGGAUACCGGUUGAGGUGGAAAUCUACAUCUUGCAGGACCUAGCUAAUGGAAAUUGGUGGCUUGGAGUUGCGAAUACCAAUGUUGGAUUUUGGCCAAAGAGAAUACUUGACGGCAGAUUAGCAAACUUAGCUUCACAUGCUGAAUGGGGAGGAGAGGUAUUUAGUCCACCGGGCACCCCUAAACCAGCAAUGGGGGGAGGUCACUUUCUAAUUGAGAGCACCAGCUAUGAUGCAUACUUUAGGAGUAUUGCACUUAAGAGUCCAAGUGGAGGGGAUAUAAAUCCUCAAACAUACGAGUUUACAAGCAAUAGAAAACUGUAUGAUGUGAAAGAUGAAGGAAACAGGGGGACUUACUUUGGGCAUGUGAAAAUAGAGGCAGAAGCAGAGACAGAGGUAAAGGAAGAGGCAGAGGAAGAAGCAAGAGUAGAAGCAGCUGGAACAACAGGAGUAAAUCUAGAGACAACAAAGGUCGAGGUAACUCUAGCUUCACUUGCUUUCACUGUGGCCAUGAGGGUCAUAUAA